ACUCACGCGCAUUCGGCCGCGUCAUGCCGUGCUCCAAUCGCGAACAAUUCCAAAUUUGAAAUUUUCGGAAAGUAUUUUAGUUUUUCGCUCAUUUUCACAAUGGCCAUGCGAUCGAUCGGACGAAUGGUUGAAUAUGUGAAGUGUAACCGAAGGAUAAGGUUCGUGUUGGCUUCGGCAGUGGUGCUGCUGCUUCUGGGCAUCAUUUGUGCCAUAUUCUUCGGGUCUUGGGUGCGGCUGUUCAUAGACCAUGAGUUGGUCCUGCGCCCCGGCUCGAUGACGUUCGAGUGGUGGGCUCACCCCCCGGUCCGACCCUUCGUGCGCGUCUACGUGUAUAACGUGACCAACGCCGACGAGUUCCUCAACAACGGCUCCAAGCCCGUGCUCGACGAGUUGGGACCUUAUGUUUAUUCUGAAGAAUGGGAGAAGGUGAACAUAACAGACAACGAGAAUGGGACUCUCUCGUUCCAUUACAAGAGGACUUAUACCUUCCAGCCUGAGUUGAGCAAGGGAUUGGACGACGAUGCCGUCGUUGUACCUAAUAUACCCAUGUUGAGUGCCACCUCCCAAUCGAAGCACGCUGCCCGUUUCCUCCGCCUAGCCAUGGCUUCCAUCAUGGAUAUCUUGAAGAUCAAGCCUUUCGUCGAAGUCUCCGUGGGUCAGCUCCUGUGGGGGUACGAGGACCCACUGCUGAAGCUGGCCAAGGAUGUGGUGCCUAAAGAACAGAAACUGCCCUAUGAGGAGUUUGGACUGUUCUAUGGGAAAAACGGCACCAGCCCCGACGUGGUAACAAUGUUCACCGGAUCCGACGACAUGUCGAACUACGGCAUCAUCAGCCGGUACAACAUGCGCGACAAGCUGCAGCACUGGACGACAGACCAGUGCAAUAGCAUCGCAGGCUCAGACGGAUCCAUCUUCCCUCCGCACAUCUCCAUGAACGAUACCCUCGCGGUCUACGACAAGGAUCUGUGUAGAUUGCUGCCUUUGAGGUUCCUCGAAGAGGUGACAUCAGCAGGUAUCCAGGGCUACAGGUUCACUCCUCCCGAGGAUGUGUUCUCGAAUGAUGACCACAACAGGUGCUUCUGUCCUGCUGGUCCUCCUUGCGCUCCUAAUGGACUGUUCAAUGUGUCGCUGUGUCAGUAUGACUCGCCGAUCAUGCUCUCGUUCCCUCACUUCUACCUGGCUGACCCGAUGCUCCGGGAGCAAGUGGAGGGCAUCUCCCCCCCGGAGCCAGAGAAGCACAGGCUUUUUAUCGACGUGCAGCCGGAGAUGGGCAUAGCGAUGCGAGCCCGCGCCCGCAUACAGAUCAACCUCGCCGUGUCUCAAGUCGUGGACAUCAAGCAGGUCGCUAACUUCCCCGAUAUCGUCUUCCCUAUCCUGUGGUUUGAGGAGGGUAUCGACGAGCUCCCUGAGCAGGUGACGUCGCUGCUGCGGCUGGCCACGAAGGUGCCGACCGUGGCGCGCGCGGCGCUCGGCUGGGGGCUCUCCGCGCUCGGCAUCCUGCUGCUGCUGCUGGCCGUCACCUGCCUCAUCAGAUCAUCCCACCGUCAAAGCACUCUCAGACUAGAAGGACACGUGGUAGCCAAGCCCCCGCCGGCCAAGACUCCGAGCAAAGACGCCAACGGUUACGAGUUGAACAGUCGGAGAUAAUCAACAGUAAAUAAAAACAAUAUCUUUAUUAAUAUAUAAAACAAGAGAAUUUCUGAUCAGCUCGAUAAAGUCACCUGUUUGGAAAGCCUGACCGGUUUUGAAAGUUUUGGUCGACCGGAGUUGAAAGUUUGGUUGAUCGGAGUUGAAAGUAUUGGUUGGAGUUGAAAGUGAGUUAUGUUUUGUUGUUUUAAAAUUGUAUUUGUGUAAUUAUUAUUUUGUUAUAAGCGAAAGUUUUCAUUUAUUAUGAUUGCAGCAUUUUUGAUCGUAUAGAAUGAAAUCCGAAAGUUUUGUUUAUGUAGGCUUUCCAAGUAUCAGCUUUUCAGAAAUUCGUUUUAAAACAAACCUGUCUUAAGACUACAAAUAUUUUAUAUUCGUGUUUACAGAUGUCAUUGCGCAGGAGUCGAAUCUCAGAGCUUAAAGGAAAUAAAUAAAAAAAAAUCUCUAAAUACGAGUAUAAAAAUAUAGCUGAAAUACAUCCUUACUUAGUUUUAUAUUUAGAAUUAUAAUCUGUAGUCACAAAGUAUUUUUAAUCUAUAUUGCAGUUGUGUUGCCAGACCAAAAAAUAUUUUCAAAAUGGCGACCGAGUCUUAAGACAGCGUUUUUUGUAUCAUCGCUGAUUAUUAAUUAAUUUUUAGUUUGACAUUUUGAUAUUGUAAAUAAUUGUGAAAAAAAUGGUUAAAAGAAAUGUCAUUGUUUUAUGCAAUUGUUUUCGGUAUCAAAGAAAAAUUGUAAUAUCCUAAAGAAAAUAUUAUUAAUGAAAAAUUAUGACAUCGAAUAUAGAACAGUUUUCUUUAUAUUUAAUUUUUACGAUACGUUUGUCAGUUCAUGCAUUUGCGAUUCGAUCGUGCGAUUUUUAUUCGUUUUAUAUUUAAGAAUUAUUUUAUAUUGUUUUGUGUAUAUAUUUCUUAUCUUUUUGCUGACUUUUUUACAUUUUUAUUUUUUAAUGAUUUGCAUUUUUUACUAUUAAAUACAUCAGGUUAGAAUUGUGUCUGGACUUACAUCACAUUUUUUUUUCUAUUUUUAACAAAAGUCUUGUAUUGCGACAAAUAAUCGCGUCUUAGAAUCGCAAGUAUGCUCUGAACGAGAGAAUAUUAAUUUCAUAGUUUUGGAAUUUAUGAAUGUAUAAGCAUUUGCGUUUAUUUUUGUACCACCUUAUUUUUAUUUUGAACUUUUGAAGUUAAGGCGGUAAUUAUUUUAAAUUCAUAUAUACCUACUUAAUGCAUUAAAUGGAUAUAUAAGAAACAUAAAUAUAGAGAUCAAUUAAAAAAAGGUUUCUGGCUACUUUUUAAAAACUGUUUUAUACAUAUAUAUUUCUUUUUAGUUUUUUUUUAAAUAUACAUACACAUAAUGAGACUAACCCAUUAUUGUAUAAUUUAUAUACCUACUGAUAUUGUGAUUUAUAGUAUUCACCCAGGUAUAUCCGUAUUAAAUUUUUAUAAAAAUAUCACCGUCUAAACUUCGAAAAGUUUUUAUACAAUUUUUUAUAUAAAUGUAAAAUAUAAAUGUCUUCGAAUGUGAUAAGAGAAUAUUCCAUGUUAAUAGAAUAAAUUAGUAAAAUAUUGAACAAAAUAUCGUAGAAAUAUAUUUACAAUUUGACAUUUUAUAAUGAGGAAAUUUUUACAUUUACAUAUUUUUUUUGACACAUGUUGACAUAUCACUUAGAAAUGUAAUGUUUGAUCUGUAAAUAUUAAUUAUUGUUGGUAACUUAGCUAUGAUUAUGGUUAAGGAUUAUAUAACUUUCGACUUUUUUGAAAAAAAUCUUCCAUAUUCCUCUGUAAAUGGGUCUUUUGAUAAAUAACAACGUAUAAAAUGCUUUGACUGUAUAUGAUUCGUAGCCAUAAUCAUAGACAAUGGGCCAGCAAUAAUUUUAUUUUUAAUUCUCUGGGCUUCGGGUUGCCAUUAAAAUCUUAAUAUAUCGGUUUUAAACAUAGAGGUGUUAUGUUGGGACUGCAUUGGUAUCCAUAUUUUAUCGACUAAAUUAUUUAGUUUAUUACUAAAACUAUAAAUCUUCAUAUGACUAUCUUUUACUCGACUAAACAAUUUAGUCGAUUUAUCGAUAAAUUUUUAGAGGUUAGACAAAACUAUUUUUUUUUUUAAUUAAAAAAAAACACUAAUUUACCGAUAGUUGCUAGUCUAUUACUUGUGGUCCGUCCAUCCUUAGCUUAAUAUAUUUUUUACCAAUAUCAAAGUUUCUUAGUUUUAAAAGGAGAGGUUGCUAUUUUAAUUUAAGAUAUUCUGAGCGUGCAAUUGUUUUUAAUAUAUUUUUGUUAACAACUUGGCCAAGUUUUACUUUUAAGCCAAGUUGCCAAACUGAGUCUGAUGUGUAUGUAACUUGGCACGUAUAGAAGAACAAAUUUUACUUUGACAUUCCACGGCCAAGAAUGGCCAAGUUUACAUUUGCACGUUCAGGCGUUUACGAAUAGAUUUUCAUUUAGACAAUAUUGAAAACUAUUUUGGAAUACGUACUUAGACAUUAUGGAAAUGACAAUCAAAUGGUGUUCAUGCCAUAUUGACUAGACUUUUACUUUAGUUUGCCAAAAACUAGAAAGAGGUGCUUAACUGAUAAUGACGUUAAUAUUUCAGGAAUAUACCUUCAUAUUUAUGUGCUUAUGUGAAGUGUGAUUAUUUGAAUUUGCUGAUCCAUCCUUUUUCGAUAAGGGAUUGAAAUUUAAUAUUGGCUUGAUAUAAAUUAUAUAAAAUUUCAAUAUCUAAUCGAAAAAUAACGGAUGGAUAGGUUAUUAAAAUCCACUGUUAAAGAUUUGAGAGCAGAUCAAAAAAUUGUCUUCCAAUAAUAAGAUCUUUAAUUGUCAGUCACAAGGUUGAAAUUUUUUAUGAAGAUUACCAUGUAACUGGGUUGAGGAGGUCAGAUAGGCAGUCGCUCCUUGUGGCACACUGGUAUUCAGCUGCAUCCGGUUAGACUGGAAGCCGACCCCAACAUCGUUGUGAGAAGGCUCGGCAAAUGUUGACAUUCAUCACAUCAGCGCAUUUUUGCUUAGAAAUACCUAUUCUAGUAUAUUUUAAUUCAAUGUUCGUUUAUAACUAUUAUAUCCACUGAUGUCUUUGAUAUAGAUUUUAGUAUGAGAAGUGGCUUUAAGAUUGAAGAUUGGUGCUAUAUAAAAAGGUUUAUUAAAAUGCCUUAACUCGGAUUUACGAAAUCAAUGUUUCUAUCACAUCACUGUUACUCUGCAAGCACGCUGUAAACUUUUAGUCGGCCGAUGGUUUGUUUGGGCUCAUAAAUCAGUAUGAAGAUGAAUGGUAGUACGAACAUUACAAAGAUCAGGUAUUUAGCCGGUAUCAGAGCGACUGAAAACUUUUAUUGUAAUCGAAAUUUCUCAACUUCAGCCGACUAUUUAGUCUGCAGUGUGUAAAAUCACAGAAACGAUAUAUGUAACUAUUUUUAACAAAAUCUCGUAAAAUAAGAAUAUAAAGACAUAAAUAUUUUGAAAAAACUACAACUUUGACUAUCCUUCCCACUUCUUUAGUCAAUACAAAUAUGAGAUUAUUGUCAGUUAAAGACAAAUUUUAAGUAACUCUAUUUUGAAGGCUAAAGAAGUGUGAAUUAACUUGAAGUACUGUAUCAGAAACUUUCCCAUUAUACAAAAAAAAAGCUUAUGAUUUCAAGUCCUUGGUAAGGACUUGGCUAUGUAUAUUUUGUGUAAACCAUUCAAAUAUCAAAUGAAACAAAUAUAUAGCCAAAAUAUUUUGUAAACUUUUUCCUAUAUAUUUUUUGUAACAUUGAACUCGACAUAUCACUAUAAAACUUGGCCAAUGAGGCCAGGUUUAAACAUUGUAAACUUGACUACUUAUUAAGGACUUGGCCAAAUAUAAAAUAGGCCAAGUCAACAAACUGAAUGAUUGUUGCUCAAAUUCAGUAAUUUAGAACAUCACUUAAUUAUAUUUUUUAAUAUUAAAAUUGUUCGUAAUUUGUAAAUAAAAUGAAGGUGUAAGAUAUAA